AUGAGAAAAAAAUCAAUCUUAAAGAAAGCAAGAUAUUUAUCACAAGCAGAAGAAACUUCCUGUAUAGUAGAUAAACAAUAUAGUGAAACAAAAGAAAAUGAAGAUAGCUCCUCUAGUGAAAAAAGUAAACUCAAUACAGAAAUUAGAACAUUUGAUGAAGAUACUAAUAAUGAACUUUAUUUUUAUCUUGAUGACGAAGAAAUUAAUAAUGCUACAGAAAAAUGUCAAAAGUCAUCCACAUAUAUAAAUUGGAGAGGAAUGGACUUUGUUAAUUUAGUAUUAAAUGAAGAAACAGAUCAUAAUAUCUCAAAUCUUGUUAAUUGUUGGAAUAAAAAACAAAGAUCUUUCGAGAAAAAAAUACAGGAUAAAACAACUUCAACAUGCACUUUGAAACAUUUUGAUUAUUGUGCUGUUUUGAAAAAAAAUGAUAACUGCACCAGUCCCUAUAAAGAUAGUGAUAUACCUGGGUUAAUAUCAUUAACGUAUAAUCAACUCAGUGAGGAGCAAUAUGAAUCAAAUAAAACUAAAAUUAUUUAUGAUAGACUUACUAAGUUUACUAAUAUUACUAGUGAUAUAUCUAAUUACUAUUAUAAAGUAUAUGAAGCUAAUAAAAGUCAACUUAAUUGUGGAAAGUGGAGUAUGUAUAUACAUAAGAGAGGAAAACAAUUUGUAAAUAUGGUGUACUAUGAGUUUUAA